ACGCGGUGGGACCAUGGCUACCUUGGGCCUCCGCCUCUACCAAAAGACAGAUCCCAAUUCAGAUUUUGCGAUCCUUCUAGAGAACAAAAAGACCAAAAACAGCUUGUUGUUUCAAGCGGGGACGGUCGCGACUCUGUCUCAGCCUGAGACAGAUGCAGUGCGAAGUGACCACUAUGGACGGGUGCUGGAUGCAUAUGGCUGCCUUGGGGUGCUGCAGGUGUGCCCACGGAUUUCAUGGGAAGGGGAGAACACGCAGCUGUACUUGGUAGUGGCAACAAAAUGUGUGCGAGUGUGCCUUAUCCAGGGCAGUGCCAUCUACCGCCUGCAGGAGAUUGACAUUGUCUCCCUCCACUCUAUGAGGCCAUCCAACUAUAAACCUCAGGAGGAGGAACAAUGGAUUAAGGAGAUGAAGAAGUUGCUGUCCAAUGAGAGCUUUUACUACAGCACAGCAGGAUCUGGGAGUGGCAGUGGGGAGGUGCUGGAUAUCACCCUGUGUGCUCAGCGCCGCUUCACUACAGCCUCUUCUACAGACAAUAGAUUCUUUUGGAACCGAAUGCUCCACUUGCACCCAAAGCGAUUUGGAGUGGACUGUGACCAGUGGCUGGUUAAGGUGAUGUGUGGCAGUGUGGAGUUCUCUUCAAUCUAUAUGAACAACCAUUCUCCCAAGAUCCUCAUUAUCUCGCGACUGAGUUGUGAGAGAGCUGGUACCAGGUUCAUGGUGCGUGGGGUCAACGAUGGAGGUCAUGUAGCUAACUUUGUGGAGACUGAACAGCUGAUCCACAUUGACACUAUGGAUGAUCUUGUGCUGUCUUACAUUCAGACUCGUGGCACAGUGCCACUUUUCUGGGAGCAGCCAGGGCUCAAUGUUGGUUCACACAAGGUCAGAAUGUCCAGAGAGCCAGAGAUAUCUGUCAAGGCGUUCCAGAAGCAUAUGAGGUUCAUGCGAGAGCGUUAUGGUCGCCAAGUUGUAUUGAACCUGCUGGGCACUGGUGUCACAGGCCGAAGUCAAGGAGAGGCAGCCCUGUCUCACUUGUUUCAGAUCCAGCAUCUCAAUUGCCCAUGGAGUAAAGACUCACCACACAUUGUGUUUGACUUCCAUCAAGAGUGUCGUGGGACUACUGACGCUCUAGCAAAAAAAUUACAGCCAAGGAUAAAAAAUGAAAUGGAAACAUUUGGUUACUUCACUUCCAAGAAAGGACAAGUACUGUCGCUUCAGCGAGGAACCAUGAGAACCAACUGCUUAGAUUGUUUAGAUCGAACCAACCGAGUCCAGACCUAUCUUGGUCUGGACACCCUGAGCAAGAUGCUGGAGUACCUGGGUGUGGCCAACAAUGGUGUGAUUGUCCAGAGAUUUGGUAACAAGUUAGAGGAAAUGUGGAAAGACAAUGGAAACAGAAUUAGCCAGAUAUAUGCAGGAACUGGAGCCCUUCAAGGAUCUAAGCUGAUUGAUGGGGCAAGGUCAGCUGCCAGGACAUUACAAAACAACCUUCUAGACAGCAGCAAGCAGGAGGCCAUUGAUAUUCUGCUCCAUGGGAAUCUGCUUAACAACUAUCUGGCUGCUCACUCCCGCUCCCUGCUGCCUUCAUCCUUUCUAUAUGCCCCCAUCAGUGUGCUGCGGCAGCUUUGUGAUCUCUCUCAACAGUACACCAGUCCCAUCCCCAUGAGAGUGGCAGUGGGCACUUAUAAUGUUAAUGGGGGAAAGCACUUUCGCAGUCUAGCCUACAAGCACCUCUCUCUAGAUGACUGGCUUCUUGACUGCCGGAAGAACACUCUCCAGAGCUCCAUGUUGACAGCACUGGUGGACACAACUCCAGAGGAGGAGGCAGCCCAGCAGAGCCGUGUGCCUGACAUCUUUGCCAUUGGUUUUGAGGAAAUUGUAGACUUGAAUGCCACAAAUAUUGUGCAGAACACUCAGUGGUCUGAGAAUGCUGCAUCUUGGGGAAAGGAACUUCAAAAGGUAAUUUCUCGUGAUGAAAAGUUUGUGAUGGUAACCUGGUCACAGCUGGUUGGAGUGGCACUCUUUGUGUUUGUAAAUGAGCGACAUGCUGGCCAUGUUAAGCAUGUCUCUGUGGAGAGUGUUAAGACUGGCAUGCAGGGUGCUACAGGUAACAAGGGUGGUGUUGGCAUCAGAAUGGUAAUUCACAACACUUCCAUGGCAUUUGUGUGCUCUCAUUUUGCUGCGGGCCAGAAGGAAAUACAGGAACGUAACAAUGACUAUGACACCAUUGCAAGGAAGAUGAUCUUUAAUCUUGGCAUUCCAUUGUGGGCACAUGACUACGUGUUCUGGUGUGGUGAUUUCAACUACCGGAUCAAUCUGACCCGUGACGAAGUGAUCGACAACAUACAACGAGGGGAGUGGGAAUACCUGCUCCAACAUGACCAACUAAAGAUAAGUUAUGCAGAAGGUAAAUGCUUCAAGGGGUUUAUUGAAGGAGAAAUAAGUUUUGCUCCAACCUACAAGUAUGACCUGUUCUCUGAUGACUACGACACUGGCGACAAGCAGCGCAUUCCUGCCUGGACAGACCGAGUUUUGUUCUGGCGACGGCAGUAUAAAAAGGACCGAGACAAUACCAACUGGAGCCCAGGGUGCAUCACCCAUUAUGGCCGAGCUGAACUGAAGCAGAGUGACCAUCGACCAGUCCUGGCAGUUAUUGAGGUAGAAGGAAAUGUUGUGUCUUCACCAAGUCUGAAUGCAGCCUAUGAAAGUGUGGUGGCCUCAUUGGGACCCUCAGACUGUACUGUGGUGGUGCAGCUGCCUGAGGAGAAGGUGCACAACUUGCCUGAAGGUGUUGACACAGACUCAGUGUUUGAUGAUGAGACACUUGGUGCAGUGCAGGAGGCCAUGGGUGCUGUGGGGUCUGUGGUGCUGGUGCGCUUUGUGGACAACCGUGUGUGGUUCACCUUCAGCGACUCCCAGACUGCACUUAAAGCAGUCUCUACUAGCCCUUUGAAGGUGUGUGGGCAGGAACUUGAGAUACGCCUGAAAACAGAGGCAUGGCGGGAGCAGCUUGACCAAGAGCUGGCCCUUUGUGGGGACACAACAGCACCGCUUAUUGAUGAGGAUGCCACACUAAUGCAGCUGGAAGAUGAAGAUCCCACAUUCAGCCUCAGGAACAUGGAAGGUGCUCUCGAGGAAUUGUACCUGAGUCAGGCUGUUGGGCAUGAGCAGGAGGAGGAGGAAGAAAAUGAAGUAGGGGAGCUCCAGCAGCAGCCUUCACGCAUUCCACCAUCUCGGCCUACUCCCUCACGACCCCCUCCACCCCGACCCACUCCCCCCGGAUCCACCCCUAGUUCUCCUGCACCAGCUCGUCCUCAGGCUCAGGGUCCCAAGGUGAUGGUCAUCACCAAGUCCACCCGGGCAGCCCAUUCUUCUGAGGGCCCUCCUCAGAGGUCUGUUGCAGAACUCUCAGGUCCACCAGAGAAACCUGCACGACCCUCUCGUCCUGUUGUCCCAACCCACUCUGCUCCCCCUUCACAACCUGCUCCCCCUUCACAACCUGCUCCCCCACUACAACCUGAUCCUUCAUCACAGACUGUUCCUUCAUCACAGUCUGCUCCCUCAUCACAGCCCAAUUCUCAGGAGAGCCUACAGUUUCCCUCUUCACCUUCAGAGACUCCUGUCACAAGUUCUAUAUUCGGAGGUUCUCUCUCAAGUCCACCAGAUGUCCAACCAGAAGUCAAGCGUUCGGUAUCUCCUUUUGGUGCUCCACCUCCCCUACCUGAUAAUUUUCCUCCUCAGGUGUCUUCUGGUCCCAAGCCAACCUCACCUCCUCAGCCUGCCCCUCAAUCCUUGCCUCCCCGUCUCCCCAGCAGACUCACUGGACCCCAGCCUAUACCUGCUAGUAGCUCGGAAAACAAAAAUGUUUCAACAGAUUCUCCACCAUCUGAGCCUCCUCCUGGUCCUCCUCCUGGCCUACCUCCCACCCUACAGUCCAAUGGUCCACCCUCAGUUCCUUCGCGAUCCUUGCCUCCAGUGCCAGGUAGGACCACAGCUGGCCCUCCCCCAGUUCCCAAUAGAAACCUGCCUCCUGUCCCAGCCCGUAACCUGCCCCCUGUCCCUCCUAGGAAAUGAUUUUUCCCCAUACUUAAUCCCUCAUUGCCUAGUCAUAGGCCAACACCAAAGAAAUUAGUUGGUGCCACUGUCUGUGUGUGUGUGUGGGUGUAUAUGACUGAGUGCAUGCAUGUCUGUGAGCAAGUCAUUAAUUCCAGCAGUAGCACAUAUAAGCUGCUAUUUAACAGAGGUCAAGAUGUUAAGACAGUGAAGUGUGACCACUAAUCCCCCCUGAAGUGCUUCCAAGGGAUGAUGAAAUAAUUUAUUCCUCAAGCCUUGGCUUUACAAAUGUCACAACUCAUACUCUUAUGUGUCUCAAUACUCAUAUGUAUGCAGAGGUGAAAUGUAUUGUUCAUAUGAUCUCCAUUUAUUUUAUGGUAAUGCAUCAGAGCAAAACUGUGGUUCUCAAAGUUUCUUUGGCAGAGUAAAUGGAUGUUAUAGUAUUAUACUCAUGGUCUUGUGAUGUCUGGACAGCAAGUUUUGAUUAUGGUCUGUUGAACUUGCAUAAUCUUUUGCAGUUAUGAUAAUGAACCAUGUAAUGUGUUUUGCUCCCCAUGCUUCAGCAUGAUGGGCUGGCUUAGCCUUCAGAGGAGUCUUAAAUAUAAUCAAGUACAGUAUUUUCUAGUCACAAUUGACAUGACUUUAAACACCACUCAUUGGCAGUUGUUUGAUUUAUAAAGUGGGUGUGAAAUGUCCUUGCAUAUCACAGUAUGAAUGCUGAAUAAGGUCUUGUUGAGUUUGACACAUGGACAUUUAUUCUCAGCUGUAGCUGUAAGGCAUACCCUGUCUCUGUGUAUUGCAUGAGUGUUGAGGUAAAACUUCAUUCCAGCUCUGUGCGCUUGUUGGUAUAGGUCACUGAUUUGCACAAUGCCUCACUUAAACAAAAUAGCCUCAGAUGUCAGAGAUGGAAGAAUCCCAUUACAUGAUUCACAAAAAGAAAAAUGCAAAGAUUAGUAUUAUACUGAUGAAUUAUAAUAUAGGUAUUUCUUUCCUUAUGUAUUAAAGGAUUGAAGAGUGUACUAUAAUUCUAACAUUAUCAAGAAUUACCCAAAACACCUUAUAAGAAUGGAAUUACUGUAAGCUAGAUAGAUCAUUUCUUUCUUUUUACUUUUCCUUUUCCUUUCUUGUUCAACACCUAAUAAAUUUUUGUGAAAGUGGGGCAAGUCAUAACAUAAUGCUUUUUUACAUUAUGGUUGAAAUAGUUAAUACAUAUUUUGAUUAAUAUGAUAAUGUAUGUACACUACAUACAUCAUAGCUGGGUACAAUGACAAAAAAUUCAUUGCAAUGAUUGAUAAACUGAUUAUGAUGAGAACUUCAUCAGCUGUAGCUUAUAAUUGAUAACUGUUGAUAAAUCUUUUGGCCAAUAACUAAUAAAUUGAUAAAUUUUAAAUUCUCAUACUAGCAAUAAUGAUAUUGGUAUUUCUAAUUUGAAAAUUGAUAAAUUUAAUCUUUAUUUUUAUAUUUAGCCUGAAAAAAUAAAAAUAAAAAUAACUUCAAAUUCAAUGUUUAUCUUGUUUCUUCAUUAGUGACGAGUACUGUUUUAAGUUAAAUAACCAGUAGUAAGUACUACAUUGAUUUAGAAAGUUUAGAACUUCAACAUGCUCAUGUUCCAAAAACAAAAAUUAUUGAUAUCGCUACUUUUGGAACCAAAAGUAUCGAUACCAAUAAAUUGAUAAUGAAGAUAUUGGAUUACUUGGUAUCAAUGAUGCCCACCUAUGCAUAUUAAUGAGUCAUACACCUGUUUUGUUUGCUUUUUACUGGUGUCUUCUAUUCUUGCUGGCAUUUCUCUUAAAGGAUAGCCAAGACAGGGUAUCUAAAUAAUGACUUGUCUCUAGUGUCUUGUAUUUAUCUGUAUACAUUUAAUGUCUACUCUGGGAACUCUUCCAAGGGGACAGUAGCCAACUGUCUCUUAGAUGACAUUUCAUGACAUACACUGGUAAAUUUUGUACACUUCAAAUUUACAGAAAUUAUAUUUUGUAUCAAAACACACAUUCAUAUUAUGUAAAAUAUGAAAAUUAUAAAUAUCAUGUUUGUUCAUGUUGCAGUGAUAACUUUUCUGCUAUUAAAGAGGAAUAUAAAAUGGAUAAAAGUGCUGUUUAUAAUUUUGUAAUUGUUGUUUACUAUGUGAGUAUUUGUAUAUUGCUGAUUUAUAAAUAUAUAUUUUAUAGGUUUUAGUAUUAGUAUUAUAAUGGAUUAUCAUAUUGAUAAAUAUGGACCACAUUUGUUAUGAUAUAUAUUUCUUUUUCUUCUAGCUAUGAAACUUUCCUUACAUCUUCUGUUGAAAAAAUAGUUAAGUUUCAUAGAUCUACAGAAAUAAUGUUAAUAAUUAUUUGUUCUUGACCAACCUGUGUGACAUAGCAUCAUCCUUGCCAAAGUGUUUAUAGAUCAUUACAGUGAGCAGUGACUCAAGAGAAUAAAUAUCCUGUUUAACUUGCCACUCACUCAAAUAUGAUAAACCCCCCAAAAAUAUGACUUCCAGAAGAGUUAGAUAAGAUGCACCCAUAUUUAUAAAAUUAAAUUUAUUUAUUGUUGAAUGUAUUAUGCCUCCUUAUAUCCAUGACGAACAGGUAGAUCCUGUGAGGUUUGGUGUACAAGAGUUGAACUGGAAAAAAAAAUAAUAAUAAUUUGUGUCUUAAAUAUUUUUUAUUUCAUCAAUAUUCUUCACACAGCAAAAUUUUUGGUUAGAAACUUGACUUUACAUGAUUUUUUUGAAGAAUGAGUAUAUAUACAUUAUGUUCAAAUUUUGCUUAUUCAACAGCACUGAGUGAAAGAAUAAGAAGAAUACAUACAUGCAUUAUAAUUGAAUUUUGUUUAGCAGUGCUGAAUCAGAAAGUAAGAUUAAUGAGAUUGAAAAUAUGUAGGCCACAUACAGUAAGUAUAGAAUUAGUUCUGAUCAAGAACUAAAAAGAAAAAUCACCAUGUAGUGUUGAAGAUGAAUAUGCAGUUUCACAAGUUGUAAUCCAGUGAAGUUUAAUUCAUAUCAAGAUUGAUUCAGAUUUCUGAAAUGCUAACACCAACAAUGAAAAUAAAAUUAGUAUACUGUUAACUGAAAAAAUAAUUGCAGGUCAGGCCUUUUGAUAUCACACUCCAUGAAGUGUUGCAGGUGGCACAUAACACUACACAGUUGCUAUGGAGACUGGAAGUAAGCAAAUAUGUACUUGUUGACGUGAUGUUACAUUGCUCGUCAUGUUGCACUAGUAAUUUGUUGUCUAUUGAAAGUUUACAGAAUUUUGUUGUUACAUUGUUAGUGGAAGAUAAUUUAAAUGAUGUUCAACACAUUCCAUAUUUGUAAGAUUGGCUCAGGAGUGUUUCUGAUGUUGGGGUUGACAUUGACAGGAAUGUUGAACUUUAAGAAAUGUACACUAACAAACAUAAACAGAUGUUUACACUCACCUGUUCAACACAAACCUGGAAAGGCAAGCAGCUUACAGUUAUGUUCUGUCAUGACAUUCCUCAACUUACAGAAGCAGUCAACUUUCACGAGUGUCAUGUAUGGGAAGGAUGUGUUGUUUUGGACUGGAUGCCAAGUCAAUGGCACUGGACAUGAAGAGGGCUGGGUAGUAGGGAGAUGGCAGAAGGCACCACACCAUAACCACAAUAAAUGUAGUAUUGUCCAUGGUUGUUGAGUGACAUGGUUGUUGUAAUUUAAUUUGUAGAUAUGUAAAAAAAAAAUAUACUGGCAAUAAAUAUAAAGUAAAUCAA